AUGUCUGACGCAAAGUAUUUUCAAAGAGUAGGUAAAAUCCAGGAACUUCGUGCCGAGUUAACCUCGGAAAAACGAGAUCAAAAGCAUCAGCGCAAAAAGACAGUGAUGAAGAAAAUUGUAGCCAACAUGACAAUGGGAAACGACAUGUCUCCACUUUUCCCUGAUAUUCUUAACGUGAUGCAAGUUCCUGUCCUGGAAAUUAAAAAGAUGGUCUACUUAUACAUCAUCAACUAUGCCAGAACAAAACCUGACAUGGCUGUUAUGGCCAUCUCCAUGUUUAUCAAAGUAAAAACAAAAUAA